CUGUCGGCUGCUGUUAACGGACCGGGGUCUGAUCUCACCGAGCCGCCGCCGGUGUUUUGUUCCACACAGCUCCAUCCGUCAUGGCGAUGCAUGCUAAAGCGACUCCACCGCAGAUCCCGGACACCCGCCGGGAGCUGGCGGAGCUGGUGAAGAGGAAACAGGAACUCGCUGAGACGCUGGUGAACUUGGAAAGACAAAUAUAUGCAUUUGAAGGCAGCUACCUAGAAGACACUCAGAUGUACGGCAACAUCAUCCGAGGCUGGGACCGAUACCUCACCAACCAGAAGAACUCCAACAGUAAGACUGACAGAAGAAACAGGAAAUUUAAGGAAGCAGAGCGUUUGUUCAGCAAGUCGUCCGUCACAUCAGUCGCAGCGGUUUGUGCACUCGGAGGGAUUCCGGAUCACAUGAAUGAGAAGCGCGAAGCCGGCAGCGGCACCGAGAGCGACACCUCUCCGGACCUUCAGAACCAGGAGAACGAGCCGAGCCAGGAGGACACGGAGGACGUGGAUUCCACGCUGCAGGACCUGAAGCCUCAGAAAGCUGCUUCCUCGUCCUCCUCGGGCAGCCACCACGGCAGCCACAAGAAGAGGAAGAACAAGAACAGACACAGCCAUUUGCCAAAAUCAAAAAAGUUCCACACAGCAGAGUGCAUGUCAGAGCAAAUGAAAAGCAUGAGGUCGAAGGAACUGCCCAAGGAGCUCAGAGACAGAAUUGUGGAAAGGCACAGAUCUGGACAAGGUUACAAAAGAAUUUCUGCAGCACUCAAGGUUCCUAAGAGCACAGUGGCCGCCAUAAUCCUCAAAUGGAAGAAGUUUGGGACGACCUCAACUCUUCCUAGACCUGGCCGUCCAGCCAAACUGAGCAAUGGUGGGAGAAGAGCCUUGGUGAGAGAGGUUUGACAUGAAGGUCAACAAGAAGCCCAGAGCUGAUUAUUCCACCUAACGGCGCUGCCUGACCCGUCUGGACGAACACAACCUUCCUGGACUUUGUAUUCCUGAUUAUGUUGUCGUCAUCUUUCCUGUACUGUGUGUAUCUCUGAAACAUUCCCUCCUCCAGCUUCCUCUGGUUAGAAUCACCUCGGUAACUUCCUGUAUAGAGUCCAGAUAAAGACUAUUUAUUUCCACGUUCCCCGUCGUCAGAAGGCUUUGGUUGAGCGUCACUCGGCCGUUCCAACCCCCAGAACGCCCCCGGUUCUUUUAUGACGUCGUUUGUUUUGCUACAUAAUAAUAAAAAGUUGUGAGUUGAA